GGCAGAGCAGAGUCUUCGCAUUACUUUAACACAUUACACGUAGAAGUGUGUGUUCGUCCGUGAUGUAUUGUUCUAAAGAAAAACAUUCAUGGUCGUAUCCGUUAAUCUUGAAAAACAAAGGUUACUUUUUAAAACCGUAAUAUAGCUCAUAUUUUAAUGACACGUUUCUUUGUUUUAGAGUUUGGCGUACGGUGUUCUGGUAAAGGUGUGGUCUAGUUACCCAACCAUAACAAGACGCUCUUUACAAAUAAUAAGAAUAAAGCAGCUUUCACAAAAAGGUUUUAACUAAUGUAUUUAUGUAGAACAUUGAAUAGUCGUUCUUUACAUUCGUUUUUCAAUCCUACGAUUAUUAUAACUCGAUGUGUUUGAUCGAUAAAGUGUUUGAGAGUCGAUACUUUGGACUGAUUUUAAUGCAGACACAUGACAGUGCGUAGGACCUGAUCUUAAUGUGGAUGUGAAGACUGAUAGUUCAUUGACAAAUCUGUUGUCAGUCAAAAUGGAGUUUCCAGGACACAGUCAGCAGCUCUUAACCACCCUGCGCUCCCAGCGUCUGCAAGGUUUCCUUUGUGACUCCACUGUGCAGGUCGGCUCAACUCGCUUCGUAGCUCAUCGGGCUGUGUUGGCAUCUUUUUCCCCUUUCUUCCACAUGUUCUACUCGGAUCAGUCGAUAGGGAAUACCAGCGCAGUCAAUGGAGGACCACAGAGAGACACCGUCUCUAUAAAUGGUGAUAUAGUGACGCCUCAAGCCUUUGGGUUGCUUCUCGAUUUUAUGUAUGAGGGAGUGCUGCGACAAGAAGCCCACCCCCCUCCGGAAGACGUGCUCGCUGCCGCCAGCUUCUUACAUAUGAAUGAUGUGGUUCGAGUUUGUAAGAAAAGACUGCAGGGUCGUGGACUGGCCGAAGCAGACAGCACAAGGGUUGAAGUUGGAUCCAAUGAGUUGGCUAAGACCGGAGGAGGGCUUGAUGGUUCAGAUGAUGUGCCUGCUGCUGAAACAGGAAGGAGGUUAGGAAGAGAUGGAGCGCUAAGCGUUGGAAAUCCCCCGUUUUCAUCCUCUGUAACACACUGUCCUCAGUUCAGCCAACAGAUGUCAUUUUAUGCUGAUACCAAGACAGAGACACACGCAGGGGUGGCCAGUCUUCUCACACAUAGUGGUGUUGAAAGCUCAGAGAUGGCUGACAGUACCCAGCUAGGAAUGGACUCGCAGCCACCCAUUAGCAAUUCUUGUCAAAGUUUGCCCGCAUAUGGUUCUUCAUCUAGGACUGACACGACACGAAUACCUGCAAGAUCAGUCAGCAUUGAAUCUGCACUUUCAAGUCUGUGCAGUUCGACAGAAAUUAUUCAGACGAGCAUAGAGACUCAACCUGUUGUUAUCGCCACCACUGCUCAAGAUCAUACUUUGUCUGACAUGUUCAGUCAAGCAAACGGUCAGCAGAGUCCAAAAGCAAAAUCGAAUCGAGCUCAGAAUAAAGGACCUUGUAAUGGAAAUCCAGGGCCAUCACAACACAUUCAGAGCCGAACUGAAAGAAAGCAGGGGGACACUAAUAAACAUAGUGUUAAAGGUAAAAAGCUUCUUUCCCAGACUUCAAAAGAUCCAUCAGCAGUUGAUAGACUUGAAACAGGCAAGAAAAAUGAGGAUAAUGUGAAGGUGAAAGUGGAGGCCAUUGUCAUUUCUGAUGAAGAAUCUGAUGAAACGGAUGAUACAAUGGUCACUGAUAACAGUCAGAACAGAAAUACUGUUUCAGAUCACGGGGAUGAUUAUGAUGACAACAGCCAGGACGUUGAGGAGCUCACCGCCAUGCAACUCAUACCUCCGCACACUUUAAUUCACCUUCCCCAUCAAGAACCCCUCUCUUUACCUCCUUCACCACAAGAUCCUAAUUCCUCUGCAACAGAUAAUUCCGGUUUCCCAUCAUCCCUUUUCCCAGGCAAUUCACAGUCUGAGCAGCAUGUCAUGUUUCUUGAGGAAUUUCAGGACUCUCUAGGGAACUACGUAGAGGAUGUACCUACUUGCAAUACGUGUGGAAAAACGUUUUCCUGUGCGUACACCCUGCGAAGACAUGCCAUUGUACAUACUAGAGAGCGCCCUUAUGAGUGCAGCUACUGUUAUCGUAGUUACACACAAUCUGGAGAUUUGUACAGACACAUCAGAAAGGCACAUGAUCAGGGCCUGCCAGUUAAACGGACCAGAGUUGAGUCGGAUCCUCCUCUGUCGCCACCCCCUCCUCAUACUCCCCAGACAUAGACCCGUGGUCACAGAAGUCAAUUACUUUUGAUAACCAAUUAAUAUUUUUAGCAUAAGUGUUCUGACUACACAUCGUUGGGACUUUUUUAAUGUUAACAAUCAUCUUUUAUUUUCUAAUUUAUAAGUGUCCUUUUUAUAUCUUUUGUUGUCUUUGAUCUGAAUGUUUCCCUGAGAAUGGAAAUAUAAGUUCAGGUAAAUAUUACAUUUGGUUUCAGCACACAAACUUACAGUGAAAAGUAUUCAUCCCCCUUCAUUUUAUUCACAUUUUGUUAUGCUGCCUUUAAUGGAAUGGUGUAGUGUUGCAAUGAUUUUUUUCCACCUGCAUGUUUCACCAUAUAUGAUCAUGAAGCUCAACCAGAGUGAUCAUCAACUUCUUGGUCUACGCUCUAACCUAGACCCCUCUCCAUCGAUGGCUCAGUUUGGACAGGAGGUCAGCUCAAGAAAGAGAUCUGAUGGUUCCAAUCCUACAUGCUUCUGUGAACCUUCAAUACAGCAGAUUUUUUCAGAAGUCUUGCCCAGAUCUGAGUCUUGAUACAAUCCUAUCUCCGAGCUCUACUGGCAGUUCUUUUGACCUCAUGUCUUGGAAAUCGUUCUUAUUAGAUUGAAUUUGCCACAGGUUAACUCCACUCGAAGUGUAAAAGCAUCAAUAAGCAAAACUAAAUCUUCUGAGCUCAAUUUCAAGUGGCCCAGAAAAGAGUAUGGAUACUUAUGUAAUGUACGUAUUUGAGUUUUUUUAUUUUUAAUAAAUUUGCAAAGCUGUCACAAAUCUAUUUUUGUUUCGUCAUUAUUGUGCAGGGAGUGUAGAUAACUAUAAAAACUAAAGUAGUUUAAGAUAAGGCAUCAGCAUAAUUUUUAUUUUAAUAAAAUGAAGGGGGUUGAGUACUUAUUCAAGGCAAUGUAUAGUGGUUUUCUGUUGAAUUGUACAGUUUCUUUGUUGUU